AGCUGUCGUGGACAUUCAAGAUCGCUGUGUAAUCUCUUGACGAAAUGCAUUCGCUGCAGAGUUUUCCAUGUACAAUUUAUUUGUCCUCUUAACCCUUUGACUGAUUUACGGCUGACCUAACAUCCUGUUUUGAAAACCAACACGUCCGAUGCUUGCACAUUUUCCCUCUUAACAUCAUCAAAUUGGAAUUCUUUUUCAAUUUUGUUCGCUAGAUGUCACUUCUCACCAGACAUCACACACACACAAACACAAAAAACAUCGAGAGAACCUGCCGUGAUAUUGAGCAGGCGAAUUUUCAUUCGUCGCCACUUUUUCUCCGACCCAAAUACUUCGCCCUAGAUCCCUUCGGUAAACUCAUAUAAUUCAUUAAUUCUUAAAUUUCAAAAUGGGAUUUUAAUUUUUAAUAAUGAACAAUACGCACGUAAUAUAGAGCACUAAUGUUAGCUAAGAUACUUGGCAUUUGAGCAAGAAUAUAUUAUACAUCAAAUGAUUUUAGUAAAAGAUUUUUAUCAUUGGUGGUGAAGGAGGUACCAUUGCUGAUAUUCUAGACAUAUAUCCAGUAAACGAUAUGCGGUAACGGCUGUAAGCGUAAGGUAACAGUCAAUUUCACUUCACUUAAACUUUCGUCUUAAAUUCCAGAUCCAGAAGCACUUUUUUAAGGCGACGAGACCUUUCUAUAGCAAUGCUUGACUGGAAGUUAAUCAGCCGUACCCACCAAUUAAUGAUAGAUAAAAAAACCCCUCUCUUAUUCUAACCAGAUUAUUCAUCAAGGAUGACUUAAUACAUGCCCAAGUACUGUUCGUAAGCUAUUUAGUUACACAUUAAAACAUAAGUAAAUUAAAUUUCCACUGCGCGUCACAACUAGAUGCUUGUUGUUCAUUUCACAUCACAAAAUUGCAUUGCAGCAGAUAGGCAGAAAAACGAUUCAUUAGUUAAUUUUUUUGUUUCCGAUAGGGAGAUGCCUGCACAUUUUUCCUUUAACAUUAUUACAUUCGAAUUCGUGUUCAUUUUUGUUCGCUAGAUGUCAACCUUUGAUCAAGCAGUUCUUAUGUCGUCUGCUGUAUUUGUGCUGUAACUGUAAAAUGUAAACGAUUUACGAAAAAUAAGAGUUCCAUAACAAUUACUGCUUUAGAAAACGUAGAAUUUGAGCCAUGACUGCCGCAGUUUCUUAUAUGAACGAUUAUUAAUCCUGUUGAGAACAGCAAUUGCUCAAACGGCGUGUGCCGAAAACGACUAGAUAACAGGUGACAUCAAGUGUUUGUUUUAUAAAUCUAUAGUCAUCACAAAAUUUAGAGAAUGCUGAGAUUCCCUUUGUCACCUAUACCAGAUCCUUCACAGCCUCUUGAAAGAUUGAGCCCAGGAAUUCAUCAGCAGAUUUCUUUGUGGUUAGAUCGAGAGGGGCGCUCUUGUGAACUGCUGGACAUGGUGAUGAAAAUAGUAAAUCCAGGAAGUUUUGUUACACAGCAAGGAAACUGUACGAGUGCCCAGUUGUUUUCUAAGCUCUCCAGAUUUAACUGCAAAAUUGGCAUUCUUGCAUUUUUUCUAGAAAAAUGUGAAAUGUAUGAACCACUUUACCUGCUCAAAGAUAGAGUUCCAGUUGUGAUAGUAAACCAUUUACCAGAAGAAACUCUUGUGAAAAUGAACACAACAGUUGAACUUGGUUUUGAAGUUUCUUCUGAUGGAUUCCCCAAACCUAAAUUUCAGUGGUUCUUAAAUGAUGCCCCAUUAGCAUCAGAGAGUGCAACAUUUAACCCUCUAGUAAUCCCUAAUUUCAGAAAUUCGGAUGCUGGAUUCUAUAAAUGUGAAAUUACUCAGCAGUGCAGAGAUGGCAGUUUUCAAACAAUAUCGACUGGAUCUUCAAAAAUGACUUUGGAAAAUUGUGCGCCUUUUGUGGUGACAGAACCUCAGGAUCUUUGUACAGACCCAGGAAAUGUUAUCGAAUUGAGUUGCUUGAUCGAAGGGAAUCCGAUUCCUCGCUUUCAAUGGUACAAGAACGACUAUCCUAUUUCCAACGAAGUGACCACCAUCUUAAAGAUUAGUUCCGCAGUGCCUCAACAUUCCGGUCGAUACAGGUGUCUGGCCACAAAUUCGGAAGGAAAAACAUUAACAAGGGAAGCUUUCGUGGAAGUAAGAUUACCUCCAACUUCCCAACGUUUACGGGCAGCGUUUUUCGACGUCCCUACACAACACAGUGCCUCGAUGAAACAGGCGCUAUUGAUUGGUAACUGGACAUAUGACGCUCACGGUUUGAGGAAAGUGAGAGCUGAUGUGAAAACCCUACACGACAUAUUAUACAAAAUGGAAUUUGAGGUUAUCUCGCUGUGCAAUCUCGGCAAAGUUGAAAUUCUCCACGCUGCUGACCGAUUAUGCGAACUACUUUUACCCGACGCCUACGUUGUCGUGUACUUCGCUGGCCAUGGAAUCCAUUACUCUGGCCACGAUUACCUCAUGCCAGUCGACUUGAAGAUGAAUUCCGAGUAUUCGGUAAGAGAUUUAGUCGACGGGAACGAGAUAAUCGCCCGAAUUCAGCAAAGACAUCCGAAAUUGCUGGUUGUCCUCCUGGACAUGUGUCGUACCAUUCCUCAGCAAGGGAUAAACUCGCGAAUUGCCGACGAGCUGUUACGACAGGUACCGCGAGAUUCGCGUUCCAAUCUGGUGAUGGCAUGGGCAACAGCUGAAAAUAGUUUUGCAUACGAGAUGGGUUACGAAGAAAAUGGAAUAUUUAUGACGUACCUGAAAAGAGCAAUGGAGAAUCGCAACAUAUUGGUUACUGAUAUGCUCGAACGUCUUAAACAGAAUUUUAAACAAGAAAUUCCGAUUGAAGCUAAAGAUCAAAUGCCUAUUACUUCCUCAAGUUUAGCCGAACCCUUGUCGCUUUACGAUCCGGUGGACGGCAGCGUCAUAGGUGGUAGCCUUUGGAAUGAUUGCCAGAUGUUGGCUAUUUCUUGGAAGGAGCUUCCACAAAAGCAAAUCGCCACCAUUCAAACAAAUGGCUGGGUAAUCCACAUCUACAUCCAAUUCGGCAUGAUGGAUGACUGCUUCAGUAAUGGUUUAAAAAUUGAACUAACGACUGAAGGCUACGACAAAAUUACAUUUCAACCAUCCAUUCAUCCUCCUGUUCUCGAACUGCUGGAAGUGAAGCACCAGAUGGAUUUGAAAAAGUGCACAAUCACGUUACACAAGCUGCAAGCGCUGAUGGAAGAUGCCAGUCUUGUUCUCCGCAUUGCAGAGUUUCCCAAUGAAAGAAUUCUAGUCCAUCUCGGACAACCUCUCAUUGCCGUGGCUCGUCUAUCCGCCAACUAUUUCUAAUUGUUACAGACUUUUUUGUUAUUUAGAAUAGUUCGUUUCUUUUUUCGUUUACACAAUUGAUUUAUUUCUAGGACCAAUAUAUAUACAGAUUUUGCGCAAAGGA